AUGUUGAACAACACUAAUUUUAUUGGAGAUGUGUUUGAGUUUGUGGCUUCACCAAGCAAUCCAAUUGGGGAUUUGGUAAGUCCAGUUCUAGUAGGCCCAAAUGUGAAGAUCAUUUCAGAUAGGGUCUAUUAUUGGCCUCAGUACACAGCAAUUCCAGUUCCUGCUAAUGAUGAUCUCAUGAUUUUCUCCUUCAGUAAGCUAACUGGUCAUGCUGGAAGCAGACUUGGGUGGGCAAUUGUGAAGGACAUUAAUGUGUACAAUAGAAUGGUGCAAUAUAUUAAUCGGGCUGAUGUGGAGAUGUCUAAGGACACCUUAUUGAGAGCUUUAACUAUUCUCAAAGUAGUUGAAGAAGGAGAUGGCAAGAAAUUCUUCAAUUUUGCACGUAAAGUCUUGAGGUAUCGGUGGGAAAAACUAAGUCACAUCUUCUCCUUUUCUAAACGUUUCAGCCUCCAAAACCUUUCAACUCGGUACUGCUCAUAUCUUGGAGGAGAUAGGGAACCAUCUCCAGUUUUUGCAUGGGUGCAUUGUAAGAGGGAAGCAGAUAAGAACUGCUCAGAAGUCUUCGCAGAAGCAAAAAUCAUAAGUCGUCCAGGCAGCAGAUUCUUUGCAGAAAAUGAUCAUGUUCGGCUUAACCUGGCGACGCGUCAGGAUGAUUUUGAUAUGUUGGUUCCGAGAUUGAAACAAUUGAUUUCUCAAGAGGUAUGACGGUACUGCACAAGCAAUGUCAUCAAGUUUUUAUUAGAGGAUUAUAGUAUACAUAUGUUCCUCGAAAUUUCAUCAUGUAAAUGUCGAUAUGAUUUUAAAUGUCACGUAAAGCCUUCCUAGACUUCAA